AUGGCCGUAGAGAUCCUCUGGGCCGCCUCCGGCGCUGUAGUGUUGAUCCUGGAGGCUGAGGAGCCGCAGGCACUUCCAGAGCUCGAAGACUUCCCAACGGUUCUGGCGCUGAAGCGCUGCUUGGCGCGGCGCCUGCGGCUGCCGCGCUUCCGGCUGCGGGUGCUGUCCGAGAAAGGGGACGUGUUGGUGAAUGCAGAGCCCGUGGAAUGGCCGUGCAGGCUGGGUCUUGUGCAACUGGCCUAUGUGGAUGUCGACCAUCUUUCGAUGGAGAUGAUCGCCCUGGCAUGUCAAAACGAUGAAGCGGAGGACCUUGCAGAAGCCUUGGAGAAACCCAUCGAUCCAGGCAAGUUGUUGGAAUAUGAUCCCACUCUGCUUUGCCUGGCGGCAGAGCAGAAUUUCAUGGACUCGCUGGAAUUGCUUCUCGAGGCCUUUGCCGAUCCAAAUCGUGGAGAUUUAGAUGGUAGCCCCUUACUUUGCGCUGCUCAGGAGGGCCACGAAGAGAUUUUGCAGCUCUUGUUGGAUGCUGGGGCGGAAAAGGAUCAGAGCAACGGUGAUGAUGAGACCACUGCACUACAGAUCGCCAGUCAAAACGGUCACCUGGAGAUCUGUCGGCUGCUGUUAACUGCGCGCGCGGACCCGCACAAGGCCAUGGUGGAUGGUUCCACGGCGCUGUUUCUGGCGGCGCUCAAUGGGCAUCAAGACGUUCUGCGUUUCUUGCUGGAGCAGAAGUGUGAUGUCGAUGCUCAAGUCACUGACGCAGGAACAAGCCCUUUGCACGCAGCUGCGCAUGAAGGGCAUCCGCAGGUGGUGAAGCUCUUGUUGCACUCGGGCGCUGGAAUCAACCUUCGUAGCACCAGGGGUCUCAGCCCGCUGCAUUUGGCCGCCUCGGAAGGCCAUAAAGAGGUGGUUGGCUUAUUGUUGCAGUCCAGGGCAGAGCAUGACCAACUGAGUGGACUCGGCACAACACCCUUGCUCACGGCAGUUCAAGCUUGUCAUUUGGAGGUGGUGCAGAUGCUUUUGGAAGUGAAGGCUCGGAAAGAUUUGGGUCGACCGAUGGAUUGCGCAACUCCCCUGCACUUUGCUCUUUCCAAUUCUCAGCUGCCAAUGGUGCACCUGCUCCUCCGAGCGCGUGUGGAUGUCAAUGCGGUGAUGAAGGAUGAUGGCGCAGUGCCAUUACACCUUGCCGUUCAAACACGUCGACUGGAGAUGGUCAGCAGCUUGCUGGAACUUCGGGCAACCAGUCGAGCCAGGACUGAUGGCACGACACCUUUGCACAUCGCAGCGGGGCAGGGCGACUCAAGGAUUGCCUGCGCCUUGCUGCUGGCAAAAGCCGAUGCCGAUGCAUGCGCGGAGGAGGAGGGUGCGACACCGCUGCAUUGGGCGGUCUUGGAAGGACAUUUGGAGGUGGUGAAGGUUUUACUGCAGCAAGGCGCGUGCAAAGACAUUCGCCUCAAGAAUCAGCCUGACUCCAGUGCCACCGCACUGAAUUUGGCCAUAUCCCAUGGGCACCGCCACAUCGUGACGCACCUGUUGAGAAAUGACAUGGGAGACACUGCGACGCCGAAACGCCGCAAGAUUCGCGAAGAAGAGCUGAAUGAGUAG